CGAGCCACUCCCACUUUAGAUCGAUCGCUAUUGUCUGAUCCCUCGAUCGGAUCGCUUGCAGCUGGCUGCCUGUCUGGUUCGAAACCGAGACGCAAACUACCAACUAGUACAGGCCUGUGACCACGUGGAUGUCUUACGGUCCCAACAUGGCUGCCCCAUCAGGCAUGCAUCAUAAUAUGGCCGACGCAGGACCGAAGCUCGUCAACCGACUGCGGAACAGCAAAUCACCCUACGUGCGGGCGCAUAUGAAUAAUCCAGUAGCAUGGCAGCUCUGGGACACAGAAGCUAUCGAGUUGGCCAGGCGCCAUAACCGGUUGAUCUUUCUGAGCAUUGGGUAUUCGGCGUGUCACUGGUGCCAUGUGAUGGAAAAGGAGUCUUUCAUGUCGCAUGAGGUCGCUUCUGUGCUGAAUGAGUCCUUUGUCCCAAUCAAAGUCGACAGAGAGGAGAGGCCCGAUAUUGACGAUGUGUACAUGAACUACGUGCAGGCGACGACUGGUUCUGGCGGUUGGCCCUUGAAUGUUUUCCUGACUCCAGACCUUGAACCUGUCUUUGGUGGAACUUACUGGCCGGGUCCCAACUCCUCCACCCUGACGGGAAACGAGACGAUCGGAUUUGUCGAGAUCCUCGAGAAGCUUCGGGAUGUAUGGCAGACACAACAGCAAAGGUGCCUCGAAAGUGCCAAGGAAAUCACCAAACAGCUCCGAGAAUUUGCGGAAGAAGGCACACAUUCCUACCAGGAAGACCGACAAGUGGAUGAGGACUUGGACAUCGAGCUACUGGAGGAGGCGUACCAGCAUUUCGUUUCUCGAUACGAUCCUGUACAUGGAGGAUUUUCGAAGGCACCGAAAUUCCCUACGCCCUCAAACUUGAGCUUCCUAUUACGGCUUGGAAUCUAUCCUACUGCAGUGUCAGACAUUGUCGGGAAGGAGGAGUGCGAGCAGGCGACCGCCAUGGCGGUCAAUACACUCAUCAGCAUGGCUCGUGGAGGCAUCCGAGACCAUAUUGGGCAUGGAUUUGCGCGGUAUAGUGUCACUGCCGACUGGGGUUUGCCUCACUUCGAGAAGAUGCUAUACGACCAAGCACAACUGUUAGACGUCUUUGUGGAUGCGUUCAAAAUUACUCAUAACCCGGAGCUUCUGGGAGCUGUGUACGACUUGGUUACCUAUCUUACGUCCGCCCCAAUCCAGUCACCAACAGGCGUCUUUCACUCCUCUGAGGACGCGGACAGUCUCCCGACACCUAAUGACACCGAAAAGCGCGAAGGCGCUUUUUACGUAUGGACAUUGAAAGAGCUUACGCAAGUUCUUGGUCAGCGGGAUGCUGGGGUCUGUGCUCGCCACUGGGGCGUUUUACCUGAUGGCAAUAUUCCGCCCGAGAAUGACCCGCAUGAUGAAUUCAUGAACCAGAACGUGCUGUCAGUCAAGGUGACUCCCAGCAAAUUAGCCAAAGACUUUGGUCUGGGAGAAGAUGAAGUGGUCAGAAUUAUCAAAUCUGCGAAGCAGAAGCUGUGCGAGUACAGGGAAAGGACUCGCGUACGGCCAGAUCUGGAUGACAAGAUCAUUGUUGCCUGGAACGGCCUUGCCAUCGGUGCACUUGCCAAAUGCAGUGCAUUAUUCGAAGAGAUCGAGAGCUCGAAGGCAGUACAAUGCAGGGAAGCGGCGGCUAAGGCAAUUAACUUCAUUAGGGAGAACCUGUUCGACCAGUCGACCGGCCAACUAUGGCGUAUCUAUCGCGACGGCGAAAAGGGAACCACUCCUGGCUUUGCUGAUGAUUAUGCGUACUUGACUGGGGGACUCUUGGACAUGUACGAGGCGACUUUCGAUGACAGCUAUUUGCAAUUCGCAGAGCAACUGCAAAAGUAUCUCAACGACAAUUUUCUUGCAUACGUGGGCUCAACACCUGCAGGCUUUUACUGCACGCCCUCGAUCAUGACCCCGGGCACCCCGGGCCCCCUACUUCGUCUCAAGACAGGGACAGAGUCAGCGACGCCAUCCAUAAACGGUGUCAUUGCGCGCAAUCUGCUGCGCCUCUCGAGCCUGCUUGAGGAAGAACAAUACCGGACCCUUGCCCGACAGACCUGCCGCUCAUUUUCGGUAGAGAUCCUGCAGCACCCCUUCUUAUUUGUGGGACUUCUGGACGCUAUUGUCGGGCUGGAAACUGGCACUCGCAACAUCACGGGUGUAUUCAGCACGGCGACUUUGCCGCAGGGACCGAGCCUCGAGGCAGCGUCCGAAGGCCUCACCAGCCGGACGGAGGAGCCGAUCGCCGUCCGCGACCUUAUUGUGAAGAAGCUCCGCGCCGAGGCCGGACCAACCUUAUCGACGGCCACCACGACCGUCUCCCUUGUGGAUAUCAGACCCUCUCACCUAGGAAGCUUUGUAGGAAAUCAGUCCUUCUGGCUGCGGACGCGCAAUCCCUUGUUCAAAGAGUUGCAGCCGUCCCAGCCCGCGAAGAACCAUCUCAUGGUCUGCGAGACAGGCCGGUGCAGGAUGGUAGAUUUUUGAUACGUAGGUCAUAUUGCACAGAAGUCAAAUGAAAAAUCAAUUUUCUGGAACUUUUGAGCGGGUAUGUUACUACGGGAAGCACAGGACGAGACUGUUUGGAUUAUGCGGAGUCGAGGAUUUCUGAUAUUCCUCUCUACAUAGCGCACUUAACUGCUUCUCCUUCACAACACUAAUGUUGCCACCUGAGAUUGACACCCGCGCUCGCUCGGUAGUAUUUUAGUUAGGGAUUGUACCAUAUGAGCCAUUUCACAUCCAAUCGAG